AAGCCUGAGGCCCUCAACAUUACCUAGGCAUAGGACAUUCAUCGAAAACAUCGACUUCAUCGAAGUGUGCGCUACAGCGCAAUUGCAAUUUGUCAAGAAUCGAACCGCAAAGCUCCAGCUCAGCUCGUACGAGUCCUGGUGGAACUCGUCUCACCCGACAACCCAGGUCGGCAGCUGGACCUCGAAUUCACAAUUCCUCCAAGUUAUCUUGUCAUUCAUUUCGAAUAUCAAAAAUCAACAAAAGAUCAUGGGUUGUGGUCAAUCCAGCCUCAAAGGCGACGAUUUACCGGAUCUCAACAGCCAACCUGUCGAGAGACCGAUCAAAAAAGUCCAAACAAACUUUUCAGACGUCAAUUACGAUCAGGAUUCCCAACAGAGGCGUAUGACGGAGUACGCGCCGAACGAGACGCCUCGACAAUACCCGCCGGUGCAGGAACAGGACGGUGAAGAUGCGAAUCAGGAUCUCGAUCCCACAGCCGGAUCGUCUCGACCACUAGGUUCUGGAGCUUUCGGUGGCGGUAGUAGCGGGAUUGAUGACGGGCUCGCCGCAGGUCUGGGGGUCAGAGAUGCGUCCUAUCCCCAUCAAACGUCAGGAAUGGACCUGAUCAAUCCGAACAACAAUCAUGCUGGAGGAUCCGGUCAUGAUCCAGCCGACCAAAACGCACUAAAGCCAUAUCAAACGUUUGACGGGACUGAUUGGGACAAUGAUAAUUUUCAAAAUCAGAUCCCAAACCAACACCAAAACCAUGGCAAUCACGAUCAUCACGAUCAGACAAGCAACCUAAAUGGCUACGACCCUACUUCGCGUCAAGCCAAACGUGACUUUGCCAAAGAAAAUGAUCCUGCGAGACAUGACCAUUUUCAGGGAGGCAGCCACGGGAUCGGCGAAGACGCCGCCCAAGACCAACAACAGCAAAAAGGUUCGUGGUUGGGCCAGAAAUACGCUAACUACCAGGCCUCCAAGGCAGGGCCCGGGGUCAACGACGAGGAUCUGAGACGGUACACUGGCAAAGACCGCGCCGAGUUCGACGAAUGGGCCGAAACGCAACCCGGAGUUGGCGCGCGACAACCGGCGAACGAUGCCGGAUACGCAGGUGCUGGAGGGGGCUUCGUCAGUUAAAGAGCCCUUGAAUUAUCGAUUGGAACUCGUGCGGCCCCCCUUGGUUCAAAGUUCACCUGGGACGGACUGCUUUGCCUCGGGGGCUGGGUCUGCCUGAGUGCGUGUUACCGACUGCUGUAUCAUUUUGAUCCGUUGUUGUUCGAUCUGUUCGGGUCAGAUCAGGUCAGAUCAGGUAUAGCCAACGCAUAAAGGGCAAACGGUGUGAUAGAUGAAAGCGAGGGCUUCGCCUGCCCUCGUCAUUUCUCACUGCUGCAGCAAGAGCUGUCAGUUUGGUGGGUAAGAAAAAAUUGUUUGCGCUGGAACCGAAAUGGAACAUGUCACCGAGGGUUGGGCAAGAAAUAGUAAAAAUCAGGAGAAAAAGAACGAAAAUACCGCAAGCCGAGAAUGGAACAAGGUCAUCUAAAUCGAGGAGAGAGGACUCACACAACAAACUUACACGGGGCCCUUCCGUCGGUCGGCACAACAGAUCACGAUACCCUCUACACACUCGAGGUCUGAUCGUGAGGUGCUACACAGGGGUUGGUAAUAAUUCGAUCGUGCCCUGUGGUUGUUACCAUGUUGGAAGGACGAAAGAUGCAAGGGAUAGGGUCUCUGAGGCCAUUCCGAGUGUCACACUUUGGAAGAUGGGAGAAAUCGCAAAAUCUUGGGAAAAAGGUAUGGAGUACAGCGUACGGAGAUCGCAGUAUUCGUAGGGACAGGCUCACAAACACCACAAACCAACAUCAAUUCUUCCUGUAUAGCAUGCAUGUCGGGUCAUCUGAGAUAUUCAUAUGGAACAGUCGGGUUGGAUGUAAACGUGCAUGGAUACUGUAUUCAAU